AUGGCUAUUGAAGAAACAACUCACAUCACAACCACACCUGUUGCUAUGGAUUCUAGCAGCCCUCUUCAUCUUCAUUUGUCAGACUCUCCAGGAUUGAACUUGGUUAACUCCACUUUCGAUGGUAGAGAAUAUGGUGGUUGGCGCAGAUCUAUUCUAAUUGCUCUUUCAACAAAGAACAAAGUGGGGCUGAUAGAUGGAACCUGCAAGAAACCAAAUGCAGAUUCAGCAGAUUUCAAGCAAUGGCAUAGGAGCAAUGACAUGGUGCUAUCUUGGCUACUAAAUUCACUCUCAAAAGAGAUCUCAGAUAGUGUGAUAUUCUCAAAGAGUGCAAGGGAUCUCUGGACUGAUCUAGAGGACAGGUUCGGACAGUCGAAUGGAGCACAACUAUAUCAUCUACAAAAGGAGCUAAGAGACUUGGUUCAAGGAGAAAAUGAUAUAGCAGGUUAUUUUACUAAACUCAAGAUACUUUGGGAUGAACUUGACACUUUGAAUGCUAAUACAAAGUGUGGAUAUGACUGCUCUUGUGGUGGAAAGACCAAACUCACUAAAUCUCUACAGGAUGAGAAGUUAAUCAAGUUCUUAAUGGGUUUAAAUGAGUCCUAUGCAGCAGUUAAAGAUGAAAGGCAGAGAGAAGCUUUUGUGAGCAACCAUUUUUCUACAAGGUCAUCUUCUUUCCAUGCUUCAGCUUCAACUCAGUUUGUAGCAAAUCAGAAGUAUGAAAGGCCAAACCAGUUUGCUGGAAAUCAAAGGUAUUAUGCUGGAAAUCAAUCUGUGGGAAACCAAAAAUAUGGAAAUUAUGAGUCACGGACUGGAAAAGGAAAGAUGGAUGCAAGAAGGAAUGACCAGUUCUGUUCAUACUGUAAGAAACCUGGACACAGUAUUGAAAAGUGUUACAGGAUCAUAGGUUUCCCAGUAGAUUUCAAAUUCACCAAGACAAAGAAGGGUCAGUCAGUUCAGCCAAACAUCAGUAGUAACUCAGCUAUAGGAGAAGGAAGUACUUGCUAUUCAAGUAAUCAGGGAAAUGGAAUUUUUGGACCUCAGCUUUCACCAGAUUUGAUUAACCAGCUCAUUCAAAUGCUCAACAACACAAAAGGAGGAAACCAGGAAACUACAAACACUGAAGCAAAUCCUAAAAUUGUGGCUUGUGCUGAUUCAGGGGCCUCAGAACAUAUGGCCUUUGAUCUAAAUUUAUUUUCUAAUAUCAUCAUGUUCCCAAUUCUUAUAACAGUUACAUUACCUAAUUUACAAAAGGCCCCUUCACUGAAGAGGCCACAGGUUCUUGGUAAUUCAGAAAAUGGGUUAUAUCUUUUGAAGACAAGUGAUCAAACAUCCAAGAUAGAGUCUAGAAAUGAUGUUUCAAUUUCAGUCUGUAAUAAGAACUCUAGUGUGUUUCCUUUUUCUACUUCAGUUUCAGUGUUGCCUAAUAGUAAUUUUAAUAGUUCUGAUCGUGACUCGAAGCCCCACUUCACUGCGCCAUCGACAGGAUCUGUUAGUCAUGCAUCAGAUAAACCUGUGGUUUUACUUGGCUAUAGUAACAACAUUUAG